AUGAAGCGCACAAUGAUCUUGACAAACCAGGAGAUCCUGACGCGGUUGGGCACAGAGGCUAUGAAGCCUCAAAGGGAAGGUUGCGCAGCAACCACAAAACGUUACAAGGGGAAAGAUGGUAAGGACCGCUUUGUGGAUGUGGCCACACCUCUGGACAUGGUCUUGAGGAGUGCGGAGUGGGGCCCAUGGGAUGAGGCUUUCAAGCAAGAGCUUGACCACAUGGAGCCGCCACAGGACCCGGUGAUGGCCGCGCCUGUCGAGGAGCUGCCCCUGGCAAAGGAGGAAUUGCCUCAGGUUGAUGCGCCAGAAGGAUCUGUCUCUGUGGACGACUACACCUUCCUUCCAUCCCCCGAGAGCAAGACUCAGGGCAAGACCAAUGAUGCUUCGCCUGGUGCUGCCUCCACCGUGAAACACCGCCGCUUAGGACCCUUCCGGAUGUGGCAGAUUCGGCCCGCCCUGCCCCAAAGGCUGGAGAAGUACGAUGAAUUUGUUAUGGAAAUGGAGAUGAUUGCCGCUGACUGUUUGGAACAAGAUAUGGUGGUAGAAGGUCAGUACGUUUCAGAAGAGGGUAUGGAGGAGUGGGGCUGGAGCAGGUCUCGCAGGGAGGCAGUCAAACAAGCCGCUCGCGAAGACCCCAAAAACCUCAUGAGGAGAUCCAACAAACUCCAAGUCAACCGACGGCUGAACUUGGAGCAGGUGGCCGACAGCAAGGACCUUUCCAAGUUCAUGGAACCCGCCGGCCUUGUUCCGGGUGGGUCCAUGCUGCCGUUGCCGAAGCAAGCCCCAGAGCUGUCCUCGGAUGAAGAGCUCUCUGGAGAGGACGCGGAGGCCUUGGCAGCAGAAGACUUGGCCCGUUCAGAGAGGAAAAAGGUUCCAGCCGUCACAGCUGGCGGGAUGCGCCGUGCUGCCAUGGAAGAAAGGGGUGACCUCAGCGAUGCUGACGGAGCGAAAGGUUGUUGGAAAAAAAACGCCCAAAGAACUGCCUGGCGUACUUUUCACAAGUUUGGUAUUGGAUGGAGAGUUCCGUUGAGCACGUUUGAAUGGACUGCCUCCAAUGGGGAGAUUGUGGUUCUCAAAUACUUGGCUCCCAAGGAUUUGAUACAUUUUUUGUUGAACAACACACCUGAUAUUUUAUUGGGUGGCGAUUUCUCUGACCAUGAUCGUGCAGUGCAUCUACAGUCCUUUUGGGCUGCCUACAGGCAGCUCCACCCAAGUCACAAAGUCUACACAACCCAUGAUUCGGAUCUGGCUUACACGCUUCCACUCCUUCUCCACGGCGAUGAAGGCCGUGGAAAGAGAAGAACUGGAACAAUGAUAGUGAGUCUGGAGACACCUUUUGGCCUAGAUUUUCCGUCCAAGAAAAGGAAAAGAGAUUGUGGUUGUCACCCGUCACCCAUGGAGCUUAACAAGUACCAGGCACAACCUGGCCACGCUGCCAAUUCUCUUGGACCUGAUGCCCUGCGUGCAGUUCAGAACAUGAGAACCAACACAAAAGGGCAUUCCUUCUUGCAAAGAUGGCCGUUGGUCGUCAUCCCUGGAAUAGUAUACAAACAGAAUCCUGACAUUGCAUACAGCUUCCACAAGAUGCUUGCCCAGCAGCUCAAGGCCUUAUUCUACGAAGGAGUUGUUGGUCCCCACAAUCAUAUUUUUUGUUGCGCCAUGUUAGGCUUGAAAGCGGACAUGAAGUGGCACACGCAGAUUGGUGGCCUUUCCAGGUCCUACGAAAACCAGGGCAGGGUGAGAGACCUGCAGUGUUGUCACGAGUGCCUGGGGGGUUCCCCGGGCAUCAGCUGGGAGGAUUUCCAAGAGUUUCCAGUUUGGGAGCAGACCGUUCACGUUAGCAGGCCAUGGACUUCUGACCCAGUUCUUCUCCAAAUCCCCUUCAACGAUGCAGCGCCAGAGUCGUUUUACCAGAAAGACCCUUUCCACAUUGGCAAGCUUGGCACUUUGAGGGAUGUGGUUGGGAGCUGUGUCUUUUGGUGUUUAGAGAAGGGCUUCUUUGGCAUGGGUGAUGUGCCAAGCAAAUUGAUCACUGCUUUUGGUGCCUUCAGGUUGUAUUGCAAUGGUGUGGGUGCAAGCCCAGCUUUGCGCAGCUUCUCAAAGAAUCUGUUUUGCUACAAGUCUCGGCGCUCAUUUCCCUGGACCAACACCAAGGGAAGCGAUACAGUACUUCUGUGCCGAUGGCUGUGUGUGCAACUGACUGGUUUCCAGGUUGACCCUUCAACCAGCUCCGGCGACCGGGCUGUCCUCCAGCUGAUGUGUCAAACAGUUCACGCCGCCUUGAGCUACUACGACCGCAUGUAUCUACAUGGUUUAUUUCUUGAUCGGCAGUGCGCUGUUGCCUUGUGUCGUGAUGGGAACUCUUUCAUGGCUGGCUACUGCCUUCUGGCCCAGCAUUGUCUUGGCUCCAUGAACCUGUUUGCCAUCAAACCUAAACAGCACAUGUGGAAACACACAUUAGUGGAAAUCCGCCAGCAGCUCUCACGAGGAUCGCAGGUGGUGCUGAGCCCUUUGUGUUACAACUGUGAGGGCAAUGAAGACAGUGUCGGGAGGCUUGCUCGUUUAUCGAGGAGGCUAGACUCAAGAGGAAUCAGUGGCAGAGUCUUACAAUGCUUUCUAGUGAAAGCUUACAUGCUUCACCGCCGCUAUCGCAAGUCCAAUGCCAGCUCCAAGGUCGUCCGGCCUUCAAAGCCCCUGAGGCCCCAGCGAGCAAAGGACAUGAAGUGCUCGAAGAUGAAAAGGUCACGUGGGGGAGGUGGCAAAGCUCGACUACUAUGUCUAGGUAUAUCUAGGAUGAUGAGCCUUUCAGGUUCUUGA